CUUAGCACGUUUGGAGGUGACUGUGCACACAAGUGUCAUUGUUCCACACCCGGGUGUAAAAGUGCAACUGGAAGUUGUACAAUGCCAGGAUGUGAGGCAGGAUGGCAGGGAAAUGCAUGUGAUUCUGAAUGUGUAACAGGCAAAUUUGGCGAGAACUGUUACCACACAUGUCACUGUACUGUACCGGGGUGUGACCGCUUCAGUGGAACAUGUACACUUGCAGGAUGUGAACCGGGAUGGACAGGAUUGGCUUGUGAUAAAGUCUGCACAGCCGGACACUUUGGUAAGGACUGUAAACAAUUAUGCCACUGUUUUGUUCCGGGUUGUGACAGAUUCAGUGGACAAUGUACCAGGCCAGGAUGUGUGGCUGGAUGGGAAGGACUGGCUUGUGAAAAAGCUUGUGACGUUGGUAAAUAUGGUAAAGAUUGUAAGUAUACAUGUAACUGUGCUACGUCUGGUUGUGACGCCAACAGUGGAAGAUGUAACUUACCCGGAUGUGACAUCGGAUGGGAAGGUUCUGGUUGCGAUAUAGGUUGCAAUAUCAGCUCAUUUGGCGGUGACUGUGACCACAAAUGUCACUGUGCCGUACCCGGAUGUAACAGAUUCACCGGAGUAUGCAUCGUAGAAGGCUGUGAUGUUGGCUGGGAAGGAUCGGCUUGUGAUGAAGAAGCAGUUCAGACAACUAAUAAAGAUAGUCAAUCUACAGAUGAGAUACCGAUGCCCGGCGCUUUGAUUUGCAUCGCUUUCCUCGGAACGUUUCUGUUUAUUUCUAUAUUUUUCAACGUAGGAUUCAUUAUUCAUCAUCAAAGAGCAAAAAGAAGAAAGUCAAAGACUGAACGAUCUGACAACGAAAUGCAAAAUCAAAAUUCGCUGAAUGGCAACAACCCUUACGAUGAAUUAGACGCAUCAAAAGUUGGACAAUCGCAGGACAUGUAUGAUACUACAGCCAGAUACCAUGCCAUCAGCGAGUGCAGUAACAGUGAACAACAUCCGUUCUCAGCAAUAACGUUUAAAGAAACAACAAAUAAGGAGGCGCACAAUGUCAGAAGAGGUCUACAGGGACUCCCUCUAGAACGAUGGGGCAGCGAAAAAGGAAGAGGCAAGCACGUCUCCGAACUAAAGCAAAAACGGACCUGGGGCCCAGCCGGAGCCGGAACCUCAGCAGGAGACGGACCGAAAAUGGAGUCGGAGCCGCAGCCAAAACCGGACGAUGUCCCGGUGGAACUGGCACAGGACCCAUCGCCUGUUGAGAAUGGAUGUCCAGUUAGCAUGUUUGGACCAACCUGUAAUACAACAUGUCACUGUGAUGUGGGUGGAUGUGAUCCGGACAACGGAAUCUGUGACGUCACUGGAUGUCAGAGUGGAUGGAUAGGACAAUCCUGUUCUACAGAGUGUGGACCUGGUACAUUUGGAACGGACUGUGCCCAUACGUGUCACUGUUCAACACCCGGAUGCAACAGAGAAACUGGACAUUGUACUGUACCAGGAUGUAAAGAAGGAUGGCAAGGGAAUGCUUGCGAUGCCGAGUGUGGUGAUGGUUGCUUUGGUCAGGACUGUAUACAGACAUGUCACUGUGCUCUGCCAGGCUGUGACCGCUUCAAUGGGAGUUGUACACUUACAGGAUGUGAACCUGGAUGGACAGGAGUGGCUUGUGAUAUAGCCUGUCCUGACAACCAAUUUGGUAGGGACUGUAAACAAAUAUGCCACUGUGCUGUUCUUGGUUGUGACAGAUUCAGUGGACAGUGUCCCAGGCCUGGAUGUGAGGCUGGAUGGGAAGGAUUGAGUUGUGACAAAGCUUGCGACGUUGGUAAAUAUGGUAAAGAUUGUAAAUAUACCUGUAACUGUGCUACUUCUGGAUGUGACGCCAACAACGGAAAAUGUAACAUACCCGGAUGUGACGUCGGAUGGGAAGGUUCAAGGUGUGACAUAGCUUGUAAUAUCAGCUCAUUUGGCAAUAACUGUUAUCACACCUGUCACUGUAUCGUACCAGGAUGUAACAGAUUCACUGGGGUAUGUAUCGUAGAGGGAUGUGAGGUUGGCUGGAAAGGCUCGGCUUGUGACAAAGAUGCAGCUCAGAUAAACAGUAACGAUAGUCAAUGUACUGAUGAGAUAUCGAUUGGCUUUGCAUUGCUGGGAACAUUGCUGUUUAUUUCUAUCUGUUUCAACAUAGGACAAAUGAUAGAUCGUAUGAGAACAAAAAGGAAAAAUUUCAAGCCUGAACAGUCCGACAACGUAAUGAAAAAUCAAAGUAAGGGACAUAAACUGUUUGAAGUCAAAAAGUGA